CCACUGAACCGGCCGAGAUAGCUGACGGUCAAAAGUCAAAUCUUAUAAUCUAAAAUACAAGAGCUUAAGGGUGAUUUAAGUUUCAAUAUUUUGUAUUUGGUUCACGAAGUUCCCAUCUGUCUCCCAUUAUUAGCUGUUUACCCUUUUAUUAUUCCAACAACCUUGAAAGAGAAUAAUACAUCUCCCUUGGAGCAAACUCCCAAACUAUGCUUUUCACGUGCAAAAAACUGUAGAUCAUAUUCCCAUCAUCACCACCUUUAUAAGGACCCCCCAGGUAUCUCGUAUUUUGCAUAUAUUAUUUCAUUCCUACACUUUUAACACUUUCUUUGUUUAUCUGUUCGUAUCAUAUAUUAUUUGAAAAAAGUUUCAUUUUUAUAAUUAGCAAGGCCAAUGGCUCUCGAGGGUGCGAUUUCCCAAUGCAGCUAUAAUGGGAAAGAAGCAUAUUCCAACAUUUACACAGAUAAUGAACCACCGUUUUCUGAUCUCCAAGCCGCUCUUUGUUUCCUCGACAAUCAAACCGAUAACUACGACUCUACUUUUCUCCAAGAAGGCUACUAUGGGAAUACUACUACAUUCCUUCAUCAACCACCUAAUGAAAUUGUAAUUAAUGAAGAGAAACCUGCGGCGAACUGCGAUAUCAGUUUCCACGGAGAUAUGGGGAAGAAUCAGGUAACGCGCAGAACAAGGGCGAAGAAAAACAAAGAAGAAAUUAGUAAUCAACGUAUGACUCACAUUGCAGUGGAGCGCAACAGGAGAAGACAGAUGAAUGAGUAUCUCUCUGUUCUCCGCUCUCUCAUGCCUGAGUCAUAUGUUCAAAGGUGUGACCAAGCAUCAACAGUAGGAGGCGCAAUAAACUUCAUCAGAGAACUCGAACACCGUCUUCACCUUCAAAACCUCAGUUGCGAGACAAAUGAAACCUCUCUAUCAGGAAGCUGUAUGUCAUCGGCGACACCUUUCUCCGACACCUUCAAGCUUCCCCAGUUCUCAAUGGGUUCAUCUUCUGUCAGCGAUAACAUGGUUCUCGAGGUUAACGCAUUGGCUGAUAUCGAAGUAAGCCUCGUCGAGAGCCACGCAACUCUUAAGAUAAGGUCAAGAAGAAGACCAAAGGUUCUUCUCAACAUGGUCUCUGGCUUACAGAACUUAGGGUUUAUCAUUUUACACCUGAAUGUCUCCACCGUUUCUGACUUUGUCCUCUACUGUUUCUCCACUAAGUUGGAAGAUUGUUGUAAGCUUUCCUCCGUCGCUGAUAUAUCUACUGCAGUGUAUGAAAUGCUCAAGAUGCAUCACGAUUCAUGAUGAUGCUCAGCAUUACCCCUAAAGUAGAUCUAUUUGCAGUGUAAAUGCUAGUAACGACUAGCUGAUCUGGGAUCAUUUGAUACGAGUUUAUAUAAUUGAAACUGUAUGCUUGGCCUGUCAAGUUAUUUUAGUAUAUUGUUACAUUAAUAAAUGCUUCUAUCAAGUAAACUUUCCAAACU